UGUGUGGACACAGGAGUUUUUUGGAGUGACGAAAGGCACGCGACUUCAUAAACGGGCACAGACUCUUAACCAAACUAAGGACCCUUUUAUUUCUUUCACCCAUUAUCAGUUUGAGCUUAUGCGGAUGUCCGGUCUGGAAAAUUCGGCUAUAGGAGUCUACAUUCGCAAACGAGAAAGUUUGGAUUCUGAUGCACAUCAUCUUCUUGUUGGACGUCAGGUUUGGGAGGAAUAAACACUGCGUUUACCGCGCGGGGCUCGGACUCGGUUCAGAGAAACACGCAACCGACAUGAAACUGUUUGUAGGCCUAUGCAUUACUUAUCGGAGCUAAUUCUGAAUCCUGCGUUACGUGCCAAAAGUUUCUCCUCUUCUCCAACUUGCUAAUAAGCUAGCAAAGUAGCUAGAGUGGCUAAGUUAUCUUAUAUGCUCACUCCAGUGGAAGUGAAUGAAUUGAUUAGCAAGCAGGCUAACACUGGUUUAUAGCUAAUUAGUGAUAUUUCCUUAACAUGUUGACCAGUUGUCAGACUGUUAAUCGAAACGGCAUAAAAUGUAUCUCCACGGUGUGUUGUGACCACACCAUCCCGAACAACAAGUGUGGUUUCACUCUUUGACUUGGCACAGACGACAAGCUAACUGUUGCAGUCUUUAACUUGCCUCGUAACAUAAGUUACAUUGCAAUGUUAGUGUAACGAACAUUCAAAGUUUUAGUAGAAGUUUAAGUAGAAUAACGUAUCCACACUCAGCCUUCACUUGUUGUUACACUGUAACAUUUCCCAUAGAUAACGUUAGUGGGUGCAUCAAAGACGCGCCGCGACAAACAAAAGUGCCCAAGUACCCAAACCCCUGCUGCUGCCCAUGCAAAGCUGUUGCGCGGGAUUGCUCCGGGCGACACCUGUUGAUGCUGCGAGGGAGAGUGUGAUGCAGUAGACAGCUCAGAGUGUGCUGUCCAGACUUUUUUUGUUAAUCAGACUUUUUGGAGAUAUACAUAAGACAAAAUGAAGGUGACCGUGAAUUUCGGGAGAACUGGUGUGGUCGUGCCAUGCAAAGAAGGAUGGACCGUCCGAGACCUGAUUCAGCAGGCCACGCAGAGGUACAGAAAACUACUGGAGCAGGAGGGGGACUUCCUGGUUCGGACGCACCAUGUUGAGUACUGUGACGGGGGGAUCCUGGACCCUGAUGACAUUCUCACUGACCUGGUAGAGGAUAGAGACAAGUUGAUCGCUGUCUAUGAGGAGCAGGAAGCCCAGCAGAGAGGAGCUGUGAGUCCAGCAGGCGUUGCCGGGGGCAACGAGCCAGGUCGGCCCAGCCCAGAACCCUACGACUCUGAACUCUCCAUCUUCCAGCCAAUCAGAGGUGGCGAGAUCGAAGUCAACUCCUCCGCCCUCAAAUCCAACACUCCUCUGUUGGUGCGCAGCAGCAGUGAGUCGGCCCUCAGCCCCCCAGCGGACGCUGCACCUCCGCCUCCAGACGAGCAGAAUGGCAGACCCACUCCAGCGGGAAUGAGCCAUGGCCAGAUUGAUAAACCACUAACAGAUGGAACCAAUUCCAGUACAAGCCCUUACACACUCAGCCUGACGAGGACGGUGGAGAUUUCAGGAGAACAGGGUCCGCUGGGGAUCCAUGUAGUGCCAUUCUGUUCAUCUCUGAGUGGAAGGGCUCUGGGCCUACACAUCCGCGGCAUAGAGGAGAACAGUCGCUCCAAGCGGGAGGGGAUCUUCCACGACGACGAGUGCAUCAUCCGCAUCAACGACACCGAACUCAUGGACAAAACUUUCGCCCAAUCCCAGGAAGUCUUCCGGCAGGCCAUGCGCUCCUCGACCGUGCGUCUGGAGGUGGUUCCCAAUGGCAACCGUGAGCGCUACGAGAGGAGUCUCAUUGGUCCCCUCUACACCUCCACACCGGAACCCGCCGCUCCCGCCAGGACCAAAGACCCCCCGCCGCCCGUCAAAGUCAAGCCCACCUUGAGGCCUCUUCCUGGGGAUGCACGGGACCCCAACGGUGGUGGUGGAGGUAGCGGUCUGGAGGUCCGAGGGACCUCGGGGUCCCCCCACCCCCCCAGCAGGCUCUCCCCGUCCCCCAGCCCCAAGGGCCGCAGUGAGAGCCCCCUGCUCCGCAAGGGUCUGGGCCUCUCCCCGCUGGCUGGCCUCACCAGCAAGAAGGGCGGCAAGAGGAUCCGCAUCGACCUCAAGAAAGGACCGGAGGGUCUGGGCUUCACCGUGGUGACGCGGGACUCGUCGGUGCACGGUCCAGGCCCCAUCCUGGUCAAGAACAUCCUCCCUCGUGGGGCUGCUGUCAAAGAUGGCCGCCUGCAGUCAGGAGACCGCAUCUUGGAGGUGAACGGCGUGGACAUCACGGGCCGGACUCAGGAGGAGCUGGUGGCCAUGCUGCGCAGCACCAAGCAGGGCGAGUGUGUGUCUCUGGUGGUGUCCAGACAGGAGGAGAUGUUCCUGCCACGGGAGCUGAAGGAGGAGGUCUCUCGUCCCGUGCCGUGUGAGGAUGGGAAGGAGCAGCUGAUGUUUGAGGUGCCGCUGAACGACUCUGGGUCAGCUGGACUCGGGGUCAGCCUGAAGGGCAACAAGGCCCGCGACACCGGGGAGGACCUGGGCAUCUUCAUCAAGUCCAUCAUCCACGGAGGAGCCGCCUAUAAGGAUGGCCGUCUGCGUGUGAAUGACCAGCUGGUGGGGGUAAACGGGGAGUCUCUGCUCGGGCGGUCCAACCACGAGGCCAUGGAGACGCUGCGCAGGUCCAUGUCCAACGAGGGCAACCUGAGGGGCAUGAUCCAGCUACUGGUGCUGCGUCCACUCAUCAGCCAGGAGCAGGUGGAGGUGCGGCGGACGCUGAACCGUUCGUUUGACAGCUGCACGGGUCACAUGAACGCCGUGGGACAGGCCAACGGAACCACGCAGGCCAACGGAACCGCUCACACAUCCAUGGUGAUCAACAGCCUGUACCAAAGAGCAGGCCCUUAUCAUUAG